UGCUGGAGACUUGAUCACCGGAAAUUCAAGAAACUUUCCGCUGGUAGCCCUUUCUUCUCGAACAGUAAAUUUCAGAUAAAUAAGAAGAAAAUGCUGCAAGAAAGCAACAGUUGAGAAAUACUUGCAAGAAUUCGAGAGGACUGAAGGGUUUAAUCUACGACCAUAAUCCUAAAAGAUUACUCUAAGCAUGUCAAAUACAAGAAUUUGGUUUCUUAUUUCGAAAAUAUCGAUUCUCCUUUUGUGUACGACCACCUGCAAAGCCCUGAACAAUCUCAUUUCACUUUGCUCCUCCUCUUGUGGGCAUAUAAGAAACAUAAGCUACCCUUUCCGGUUGAAAGGUGACCCAAAGAAUUGUGGCUAUCCCAACUCCAAUUUUGAGCUUGAAUGCCAGAACAAUAAAACCAUAUUGAACCUGAAAUCUGCAAAAUACCAUGUCGAAGCAAUUGAUUACAGCGACUUCUCGAUACGCUUAGUUGAUCCUGGCAUAGAAAAGGGCAAUCUUUCUUCAUGUCCAAUUUAUUCUCCGGACUAUGAUGAUUGGCCUAGCACCAUUUUUGAUAAGUUUUAUCCUGGAACAUCCCAAUCGUCUUUAUUAACUGUCUAGCUCCUACAAAUUCUUCAAUCUAUGUAAAAUCUGCCUUCUGUGGUAAUAGGAGUAACACUUUCUCCAACUCUUCAGAAAGUUAUAGUUAUGUUAUAGUGGGAGGUUAUACUCGUCUAUCGGAUUUGGAGGAUUCCUGCACUGUUGACAGGGUGUUUCCGGCCUCAUCGCAUAGGAUUAUGAGAGAUAAUUCUUCUUUGAUGGGCAUUUAUGAUGGCUUGGCCUACGGGUUUGAGCUUUCGUGGUUCCGUGUUCUUUGUGAUGAAUGUGAGAAGAGCAAUGGCUUUUGCAGUUUAGAAGGCAAUCAAAUCAGUUGCAAACACUACUGCAGCGAGGAUAUUCCACUAUCAGAACUUGGGUUUGGAUGUCGGUUUCAGUACUAUGGGACCUUUAUUGGAUUUUUUGGUGCAAUUAUAAUUGCUGCUAUCGUAGGUCUGAGAUUUUUAUGUGGAUUUACUUUCCUGGUUGGACUAAUGGUGCAUAAAUGGGGAAGACGGCAUUUAUCAAUCGAUGAGUCAAUUGAAGACUUUUUACAAAGUCAGAAUAACCUGAUGCCAAUAAAAUACAGUUACUCUGAGAUCAAGAAAAUGACAAACAACUUCAAGGACAAAUUGGGUGAAGGGGCCUACGGAACAGUGUUCAAGGGAAAGCUUCGAAGUGGUCCUUAUGUUGCAGUUAAGAAGUUAAUGGGAAAAUCUAUGGCUAAUGACCAAGAAUUUAUCAGUGAAGUUGGCACAAUUGGACGGAUUCACCAUGUAAAUGUGGUGCAACUCAUUGGUUUCUGCGUGGAAGGAUCAAAAUGUGCUUUAGUAUAUGAAUUCAUGCCUAAAGGGUCUCUUGAUAAAUAUAUUUGUCCUCAAAAAGGUAGGGCUCUCUCUUUGAGCUAUGAAAAGAUGUUUGAGAUUUCUCUUGGAGUGGCUAGUGGAAUCGACUAUCUACAUCGGGGUUGUGAAAUGCAAAUUCUGCAUUUCGAUAUCAAGCCUCACAAUAUUCUUUUAGACGAGAAUUUCAACCCAAAAAUUUCGGACUUUGGCCUUGCAAAAUUGUACCCAACUGAUGACAGUAUUGUACCACUGACUGCAGCAAGAGGGACAAUGGGUUACAUGGCGCCAGAGAUGUUCUACAAAAAUAUUGGAGGAAUCUCUUACAAAGCUGAUGUUUAUAGUUAUGGAAUGUUGUUGAUGGAAAUGGCAGGUAGAAGGAAAAAUAUGAACCCCUUUGCUGAUAGCGUAAGCCAAAUUUACUUCCCUUCGUGGGUUUAUGAGCAACUUAAUACCGGAAAGGACAUAGAAAUAAAAGACGCCAUGGAGAAGGAAAAGAAGAUGGUAAAGAAGAUGAUUUUAGUAGCUUUAUGGUGUAUACAAAUGAAGCCUUCUGAUCGUCCUGCAAUGAACAAAGUUGUUGAGAUGUUUGAAGGCGAUUCCGAAUUGCAGAUGCCACCAAAGCCUUUCGUGGCUCCACGUGAGAUAGUGGAAGAUCAUGGAAUAAGUGUUUCUCUUUAGUCUUUUCGCAGUACUAAUAAUUGUAUCAGUUGGAAUGUGAAUACAAUGUAGAAACUUACCAGAGUAACUGAUUUAUUAAAGCUUAUUCAAUCUUGGAACACGUCUUUGAGGA